UUUGUGUUUGAACAGUUGUAUUGUUUAAUCGAAAUUACGACGCAGGAUAUUCUAUGCGAACCCUGCGUGACUCAGCCAAGUGGUUCCUUCCUCGGUGGGUGGGUCCUUGCUGCGGCGAACUGAAGGGGGAUCAAUGAACUCAGCUGAAUGUACUAGUCGGGCGAUCGAAGUUAAGAUCGAUCUUGGAUACAUUGCUAUCUUUCCCUGGCAUAGCGAUUAUUUCGGUGGCAGAUACACGUAAGAAGAAGGAUUACAGGGGAUCGCUUCGUAAUUUUUAGCUGUAUGUUGCAUUUAGCUCCGAUUCACAACUUUGCUUAACCAGUCUUGUGGAUACAAAUACAUAAAAUAAACGCACCGCGGGGUGUUGGAGAAACCGAAAAUAACAUUAGGAUGAUUUUUUCAAAUACGGUAAACCCAGUCAGGACUCCGUAUCGCAAGCAGCCCCCAGCCGUGCCCUCCGGCCCACCCAUGGCCCCCCCCAGCCCCAGCAGCAGCGCCAACCACAGCAGCAGCAACAGCAGCACGGCGGGCUGGGAUCAGCUGAGCAAGACCAAUCUGUACAUCCGGGGUUUGCCCCCCGCAACCACCGACCACGACCUGGUCAAGCUCUGCCAGCCGUACGGGAAGAUCGUUUCGACAAAGGCCAUCCUUGACAAGACGACGAACAAAUGCAAAGGCUACGGCUUUGUGGAUUUCGAUAGCCCCUCCGCCGCCCAGAAAGCCGUCGCUGCCUUGAAGACCACCGGUGUCCAGGUGCAGAUGGCGAAGGUGAGGCAACAAGAGCAGGACCCGACGAACCUGUACAUCUCCAACCUGCCCCUGUCCAUGGACGAGCAGGAGCUGGAGAGCAUGCUGAAGCCCUUCGGACAGGUCAUCUCCACGCGGAUCCUCAGGGACUCCAACGGAGCUAGCCGGGGGGUGGGCUUCGCCAGGAUGGAGUCGACGGAGAAGUGUGACGCCGUGAUCUCGCACUUCAACGGGAAGUUCAUCAAGCUGCCGCAGGGAGGUCUGGCUCCCUCGGAGCCUCUGCUCUGCAAAUUCGCCGACGGCGGACAGAAGAAACGCCAGAGCCAGAGCAAGUACGUGCCGAACGGUCGUCCCUGGCUGCGGGACGAGGUGAGGCUUGCUGGGAUGACCCUCACCUAUGACCCCACCACCGUCGCCCUGCAGAACGGGUUUUACCCGUCACCGUACAGUAUUGCGAACCGGAUGAUGCAGACGUCCAUGACCCCGUACAUCUCGCCCAUCUCUACCUAUCAGUUGCCGAGCCCUUCCUGGGUGUCCCACCAGCCCUACAUCAUGCAGCACCCGGCAGCAGUUUUUUCGCCCUCUAUGGACCAUACUAUGUCACUGCAGCCAACGUCCAUGAUGAACCCCCUGACUCAGCAGAUGGGCCAGCUGUCCAUUAGCAGCACCGGAACGUUCAUGCCAGCCAACACAGCUAUUCCGACAGCAUUCAUUCCACAGUACGCCCACAUACAGACUACGGGGGUUCAAGUCGAGGAGAACAGCGGGCAGCACGCGGUGGAGUCAUCCAGUGAUCAUUCUCCUUACGCUUAUCAGCAAACCAAGUAAACUUCAGAUGUUCGUGGGAGGCCCACAGGAGGAAUCUGCCCACACAGCUGACGCGGCCCUCACUUCCGACUUUGGUUCAGCUUUACAAGACAUGUCAGCGGUUUGCACAGGUUCUACAGAGAAUUUCUUUUUGGUUGUCUGUUUGUUUGUUUAUUUUCCAUUUGUUUUAUAACGGGACUCAAUGGAAGCUACUUUGGCAAGAGUUCCAGGAAACGCGAAAACAUGCUUAGUUUCAUCAAGGGAUGCUAAU